CUAUGAUCACGACCUGUCAAUGGUUUGGUCCAAAGAGCCGGAAGGUGGCAAUCUUUAUUGGUGCGGGCCAGGAUAGAUGAUGAAAGACCAAGCAGCCAUACGCGGAUAAAAAUGGUCCCGAAAAGCUACCAAUCUUUCAGGCAUGGGUAAAGCUUGCAUGAUGGCUUCAUUGGACAUGAUAGUGUUCUGGUUUGGAAUAAUUUUGUGAGAUUUUCUUUUAUUUCACAUUCAGUCCAAUUAUAUGAUUGGUCUACUCGUAGUGUUUUAAUAAACUAUUGAUUAUGAAAUUGUACGCUAUGGAUACAAGGCCAACAGAUCAUCAAUGAUUGCUUGAGGAACAGCCAUCUCUUUCGAUAUCUAGAAGCUUAGCAGUUGAAACAGACAAUGACAUAUGUGAAAUGGUCCCAAACAAAAUCUCCAUAGAAAUGAGAGAUAUGGAUAACACCCCCAUGCCUUCUUGCUUUGAAUAUAUAAUGUUCCAAUGCCUUAUAAAUGAUGCAUGAACCAUCCACAUUGUUUGGAGCUUGGCAAAGACAGAGAUGUCUUCUGGGACAUUUGCUAGAGGUGCACACACCAUGAAUUCCAUGUUUUUCAAGCCAAUGAUUCGAAAAACCUACCACAAGAAAAGUUCCGCCGACACAAUACGUGAGACAAUGAAGGUGGAUGCCGAGGAAGUGAGGAACAAUAAGAGCCACAUGGGAGAGACUGAUAGCAAUGGUUGGGUUCCACAUGAGAGGACUGGAAUUUAUUAUCCAAAGGGCCAAGAGAAGGUGAUGGAAGGCAUACCUCCAGCAGCCGAAAAGGAUGUUGAUGUGGUCAAUUGGUUUUCACACCAUGGGGAAUAUUGAGCAUAUUUUAAUUGUUCUAAUAUUUAAAGCUUAUAUAUGAAACCCGAUUCUUGUUUUCGGAUUAAAA